GUCACUUAAAGCAAGCCCACCAACGACAAAGGCAUUGCUUGCACGCCCCCCGUCGAUCAACGCUAUGCGCAUGCGCGCCAUCAAACGGUGCUGCAUACCCGUCGACUUGUAGCCUCAGUCGCUUGCGUUCUCAAUACAGCUGCACGGCGACGUCGACUUGUGCGUCGAGUACCUCCUCACUGGCAGUUCCCUCGCACUCGCUCUGGCGGGGCACAUGGCGUCGCCUCAGCACUCUACCACUACCUAGCACAAGCAGGAGCUCGGCAGGCCGCCCUCAGCUGAGCCGCAGCUCGUCGCUUGUUACCGCGGCUCAGCAACCGUUCGACGCCUUCGACGCCCCAGUUGCUAUGGCCCCCAACGCGCCCACGCCCGAGCAAAUUGCGGCCGCGGACGCCGCUGCCGUCGCGGCCAUGCUCGCGGUUUGCCCGGUCUGGACCGACCUGCUGCCGGCGCGGCAGGCGCUGCCCAGGCUGCCCCCGCGCGCGCUGCUGCACGCCGGCCCGCCGCUUCCCCUCCCAUGCACCAGCCCGCCGCCAAUGCCGCGACCCGGCGCGCCGCCGCCCGUCAUGGCGCGGGUGGGGCCGCACGUGACGGCUCCCAUGAUGAACAGCGCGGUGGUGGCGAUCCUGUUUGAGGGCUGGGCGGACAGCGCGGAGGCCGCGAGGCGCAUGGUGACGAGCGGAGAGGUGGAGAUGCUGGCCGCACAGGACUGGGGCGUGGUUACCCCCCUGGCGUGUGUGGUGUCGCCGUCCAUGGUGCUGCAGGUGGUGGAAGAUGCCGCCGCCCCGGCGGCGGUGGCGGGCGGAGGCAAUAACAGCGGCGCAGGCGGCAGCGGCAGCAGAGGCCGCGCUUUCAGCCCCAUCCAGGGCGGUGCGCCCCCAGCGCCACGCUUCGGCACCCUGCAUGACUUGGAGGCACACGUGGCCAAGCUGAAACAGCUGCACGGCCCAAUCGCCGCCGCCCUGCGCCGCGCCCUGCACUCGGCGUCAUCCGGCGCCGCAGCCAGCGGCAUCGCGCUACUGCCACUGGCGGCGGCGUCGCUGGCGGCAGGGGAGGAGUGCCACGCCGCCACCACCGCUGCUACAGCCGCGCUGCGGGGCCUGCUACAGCCGCACCUGGAGCCGGCGGGCGCGGUGCUGUCGGCGGCGGAGGCUGUAGCAGCCAGGGAGGCUGUAGCAUUCCUGGGCUCGGCGCCAAGCCUGUUCCUGAACCUGUGGAUGGCGGGCUGCAAGUGCAUCCUGAUGGCGGCGGAGGGUACGGCAGACAGCUCGGUGGUUACGGCGGUUGGCGGCAACGGCCUGAUGGUUGGCGUGCAGCUGGCGGGCGGCGGUGGUUGGGCGGUCGUGGCGGCAGCGGCGCCGGAGCCGCGCGCGCUGGCGCCGCCGGUGGGCGGCGCGCCGGCCGCCGCCGUGGCGGCGGAGGGCGAGGCGGUGCAGCCGGCAGUAGCCGGCGCGAUGGGUGACAGCAUGGUGGUCGACGCGCUGGGGUUUGGAUCUCAGCUUCAGCCGGUGCUUCCGCUGCCGCCGCCGGCUGUGACAUCACCGGCGGCGGCGCCGGGGCCGCUGGGCCUGGCGGCCCACCCAGCGUUCUCACAGCCGGGGUUCGUGCCUGCUGCUACAGCCGCCGGCGCCGCCGGCCCGGUGCGGAUCGGCAUCUCAGCUGCCGCUGUGCUGGCGAUCCCACUUGAGGCGACGACGGAGCCGCCCCUGCCGCCUGCAGUUGGUGCUGAUGGUGCUGCUACUGCCGCUGGCGAGGUGGCUGGCGAGGCGCCGCGCCGGCCGCCUCAGCCUGAGUCUCAGCCGCGGCCGCCACCGCCGGCCUCGGCGCUUGCGGUGAACCUGUCUGUCCUGGACGGGAAAGGGCAGCUGGGCAUUGUGGGGCGGGGCGUGUAUGGGGUGCCUCGGGAGGCGCUGCAGCAGGCCGUGUCUCGCCUCGCAUUCGUGCGACCCAGGCCUUGAGUGCUGAAGUGUUGGGAUACGGAAUGCAACGGGUCUGGGUGGACGAAGGUGCGAGGGUAACACGAAUAAGUGAGAACCGGUGCGUGGUUGUUGACGGGUCCGUUUGUCGUUGGUGCGGGCUGGUGUGGUUGACUUGUGGUCGUUGUUGCGGUUGUGGUGGCGCAUGUGGUAAUCUUGAUGGAUGACGACUGACGAUUUGCUUUUCCUUGCAGCAUGUCAAGACUGAAUGUACAGCUUUUGUGACUUUGGGGCCUCGGCUGACCAAGUGUGCGAGGCUGCAAAUGCAGCUGCAGGCGCACCUGGCAACAUAUGGCAAGACUCGGCACCUAUAGUGUGGCUAUGUGCCGAACAUGCAUACAUAAAUAUGGUGCGAAUUUUAGUACCUAGGCGUGACUUUAUUAUUGAUCGUUUGCAUACCGUAUGUGGCUGCGGGGCAACGGGACAGGCGGAAGGCAAAGGGAUGUGGGGCGUGCCUGGAUCCACUUGGUGCAGUUUUGCACAAUUGC